CGAACCCUUGCUGUGAUUACGAAGCUUGACCUGAUGGAUGCUGGGACUGACGCGGUGGAUGUGCUGUGUGGACGGAUCAUCCCGGUGAAACUCGGAAUCAUCGGCGUCAUCAACAGAAGUCAGGCCGAUAUCAACAACAAAAAGGAACUGUCGGCAGCCUUGAAAGAUGAAGCGACAUUUUUACAGAAGAAAUAUCCAUCAAUAGCUAAUAGAGCUGGAACCCCAUUUCUUGCCAAAACACUUAACAGAUUGCUGAUGCAUCACAUUCGAGAUUGUUUACCGGAGUUGAAGACAAGAGUUAAUGUUCUAAUAGCUCAGUUCCAGUCAUUGCUGUCAUCAUUUGGGGAACCAGUCGAGGAUAAAGGGCAAGUUUUGCUUCAGAUUAUAACCAAAUUUGCAUCGGCCUACUGCAACACUAUUGAAGGAACUUCCAAAUAUAUUGAAACAUCUGAACUAUGUGGUGGAGCUAGGAUUUGCUACAUUUUCCACGAGACGUUUGGUCGUACGCUGGAAUCUGUCGACCCGCUCGGGGGAUUGUCCACCAGAGAUAUCCUCACAGCUAUUAGAAAUGCCACUGGUCCGCGACCUGCUCUGUUUGUUCCGGAAAUCUCCUUUGAGCUGCUUGUGAAGCGCCAGAUCCGCCGUCUGGAGGAGCCGAGUUUACGGUGCGUGGAACUUGUCCACGAGGAGAUGCAGAGGAUGAUACAGCACUGUGGAACACACCAAGAAAUGCUACGUUUCCCCAAACUUCACGAGAGAAUUAUUGAUGUGGUGACCAACCUGUUGAGACGCAGACUUCCUCCUACAAAUGCAAUGGUGGAGAACAUUGUAGCCAUUGAGCUGGCAUAUGUGAACACAAAGCACCCAGACUUCACAGAGGCCCACAUGGUGCACCGGUCCGUGUUUGAACAUCAGCUUGACAACCGACAUUUGACCAAGGAUAACAUUGUCAAGCACACCGAGAAACAUGCCGUCACUGACGACAAGAUGAAUCUUCCGGACAACGGUGGAUCAUGGAAGAUCACAAACCUGAUUCGUAACAGCAAGCUGGAGUUGUCUGCCGAACGCCUGUCUGAGCAUGGCUCGUCCUCUUCACAGCCGAGUAGUGGCGCCAACAGUGCUGCACCUUCUCCAUCCCGUGCACGCAAAGGAAUUAACCUGCUUCCUGAAGUGCCAGAGCAACCAGUUAUGAAGUUAUCAGCAAGGGAACAAAGAGACUGUGAAGUUAUUGAGCGUUUGAUCAAGUCGUAUUUCCUGAUAGUCCGUAAGAACAUCCAGGAUAGUAUCCCCAAGUCGAUCAUGCACUUCCUCGUGAACCACGUCAAGGACAACCUUCAGAGUGAGCUUGUCAGCCAGCUCUACAAGAAGGAGGAGGUAACUCUUCUGGAGGAAUCCGAACACAUCGCUGCCCGCAGGAAGGAAGCUCAGGACAUGUUACAGGCUCUUCAAAAAUCUAGCCAUAUUAUCGGCGAAAUCCGUGAGAUCCACUUGUGGUGAUAUUUACAGUCAGGUGUACAUUUAUUGCAUUCUCUUCUUUCUGGUGGUUCGUGUUGCCAUGCUAACCAAUACAGACAUCGGGGAAAAAAAUAGUCCAAUUUGGCUGAUCACCAGUAAAGGCAGAUUUCUUUAGUUAAUGCACUACUCUGAAUGAAGUUGAAUACAACUGUUAGUUGUUGAUUUAUGCCACUGUUAAUCUCGAUGUGUGAUAAAUUCUAUAUGACAUACUGCGGAGUCUGGUCAUUAGAUAUGGCUUAUAAGAGUGACAACCCAGCAGAUUGCUGUAGUCAAGGUUAGGCCAGGUUUGUGACCUGAUCUGUCCUAGAUGUGUAAUUUGGUCAUCUUAAAGAUCAGACUCCAGCCUAUAGUGUGAUAGAAGUGACUGGUAGAAUGUCUGAUAGAAGCGACUCAUAGUGUGUCUCAUAGAACUGUGUGACAGUGACCCUUUCAGGCUGAUGUGUGUGAUAACUAUGUUGAUCUCUGGAUGUGAUGAUGUCUAUGAGAACCCUGCAGAGUUGUGUAUUCCUUUGUUGAGCUUCACCCACUUCUAAUAGUGACCGAAGACUGGGAAACUGACAUUGUCGCUGCUACACCAAACAAGGUCGUUUUCAAUGAAAGCAGUGUAUUUUACUGUGCUGGCUUCAUAGUGCAUAAAUCACUGAAUGUGAAUAAUGGCGUGUUGCAUGCCAGGAAAGCUGUGCUUAAGGGUUUUUUUUUGUCACAAACUAGUGGUGGCCAUUUCGUUAAUGUGUCUACUUUUGCUAAUAGUAUAAAAACACUGAAAUAAUUCAUUAAAAUAUUUUAUUUCAUAAUUUUCUUUCGCUUUACAAUUACACAAAUAACUUUUAAAUGGUAAUUGAUUUUGUUGGGUACAUUCAGAUCACUUCGUAUAACAGUAUACAUGUAGUCUUGUGUUUGGGUGGGCAUUUCCUUGAAACGGUCACUCUUUUAAUACAUUUAUCAAUCAGAAUGACAAAACAAGUAUCCAUGAUCAAAACCACAUCUCUGCACAAUGCAUUUUGUAAAAUAGUGGUUGCUAUCUAGUGCCUCAUCAGGACAACUACUCCUGAGGAGAUCCUUGAUGAUACAUACUUCCUGCACUGUUCAAAGAGGACUGCAACUCCCAGAAUAAUUUACUAAAUCAUAACUAGAACAAGACCGAGCUGAUUGGAAUAAAUAUAGCUGUUAUGACAUGAACUACUGAAUUGCUGACAAAACAGAGAUGAUAUCAGGUGUUUAGGAAAGGUAAGCAUACCCUUUCCCAACAAUGGCACCCAUCAGGAUUAGUGCCACCCAUCAGGAGUACUGCCACCCAUCAGGAGUACUGCCACCCAACAGUACUGCCACUAAUCAGGAGUACUGCCACCCAUUAGGAGUACAGCCACCCAUCAGGAGUACUGCAACCACAGCUGUUGAGUCAGUCACUUUAUGCUAACCUUAAAUAAUAGAUACCAUUUUAUGCAUAAAUGUAUCACAGUGGCCUUUAAUAAGAAAUAUUUAUAACACUUUAGAAAAGAACAUCCAAAAUAUGGGACUACACCUUAAAAUUUUUGUAACUAUUGUGAUACAUAAACACUGAACUUGUGGACCAGAAGAUACCGUUUCCAGUUUGGUCAAGAAAUGGGUUAUGUGCACUAAAAUGACUGUUGGGUUUUAUUCUGUCCUCUAUUAAAUUGUCUUAAAGCGAUGAUUGGGCAAGGCUUUUGAACUGGUAUGCAUGUUCAAUGAUAUUUGAUGCAUAUUAUUGCUGAAUAUCAACAAGUAUAUUGUAUAUUAAAUUAAUAAAAUUGUACAAAUGUGACGGCUAUUAUAUAUAGCACAGCCAUUUAGUUCCACCCCAGUGAAUCUGAUCCUGGUGAGCAGGUGCUUACUGAAUACUUAAAGCGUUACACCAGGUAUUUGUCUGAACUACUGAAACAAAGUACCAGUCUCUGCAUUUUUGAGUGAUGAUGAAACAGGCAUAUGUUGCAAUGUCCUGUAAUAAUAUCCAUCCCAGUAAGCCUGAUAAGUAUAUAUUUUCCUAUACAAAAUCAACCACUGUUGUAAAACUGGCUACAAAACAAAUCGAAAUAACUGUCCAGUGAUGUAUCAUGUUUUUUCCAUGAAACAGCGGUAUACUGAAAUGAUAAAAUGACUGUUUACUUAGUUAAUUGAUAUAUUCUGUUGCCUCCACAUGUGAUUUCUGUUUUCCAGGACUUGGUGUGUAUUUGGUGCCGUUGUCUGGGAACAAAAGGAAUAUGUAUCGAUAUUAUUAACAAUUUAAAAUCAUAUAUAUAUAUAUAUAUUAGUCUUUGUUUAAUUGUAAGGGGAAAAUGUAGGCACUUGUGUUAUUAGCAUGUUGUGGAUCAUGACUUGUCACCCUAUUGCUGAAGAAAAUUAAAACGUGCUUUAGCAAAUAACGUGUAACCCCAAAAAUAGUAAUGGACAUUAACAACCAACAAGGUAUGUUACUGUAAAUAAUUCUCUAAUACUAUUGAUUAAGUAGACAGUCCCAUCUAAAAUCACAGAACUGACCAAUCACGUACAUACAGUAGUUCCAAAGAAAAGAAAAUUACCACUUGGUUAAUUAUCUGGGCAUUUAUGUUGUUUCACAAGUUAGGCUGAUCAAAGGCAUGCGCCUUGUUUAAUUACUGCAUUUGUUUACUCUGUGCAGACAGCAGCAGUUUACUGGAGCUGACGUCACUUCCCUUCCAAGCUAGAGUGCCGGAGGCGACAAAAAAGAAACAAAAUGGCUGCCCCCAGUUAAAAGGAAUAUCGUGUUUUUUUAAAAAUUAAUUCUAAAAUUACACAUUUUUCAUUUGUUAAACUGUCCGUAUGUGUAGGUGGUCCAGAUAUGCAUUUUUCCAACACAUAAGGCUCAUAUUUGACCUGAAUAUCCCUUUAACUCACUUGUGAAUAUUCUGUACACAUUUUAGUUUGAAAAGUACUAUGUGGCUAACACAUAAAAUCAUGCAAAUGGCAAACUGAAGACUGGACCUUCUUGCUCUGACAGGUUGAUGUGCCACAUAUAUUCAUGUCUCGUAUCUCUUAAGUCGGGGUCAAAUCUUGCUAGCAAAAUGGUACGCUUUUUAUUUUGUUAGCCCAAAAGUUCAAUAUCAGUUAUUGUAAUAUAUUGGAUCUCAUUGAAGUCGCUGACUUGUUUCUGGUCGUAGUUAACUUAGCAACCAGUCAGUCCCUUAUUUAUUUUAGCAUGAGAUCUGUCAUCAACUCACGUCACACUGGUUCUCGGCCAGAUUCAUUUCAGUAAUGCAAAAAAUACUAAUUGUUACGUUCAAUGGCACAUUAAUUAUUAGUUUCUUAAUAGUAUCAUGUUGUUAAAAAGAAAAUAUUACGAUUUGGUCUGAGUUCAAUUUUUGGAACCUUUUUGAAUGAAUGCGAAACAUGAUAAAACACUUUUGCUAAUGGAGAAGUUACUUGUACUGUUCAGUCUUAGAUUAGUACCUGUGAUGUAACUGACUUGUUAAUAAUAUUUAUUUACGUUUUUCAGUUUAGAAUUUAAUUGUGCACAAUGAAAAUAUCCAAGUAUAAGUAUACAUGUGUGUAUGCACGCACGCACUCGCACACAUUUAUAUACAUGUACACAUACAAAACAGGCACGAAAACACCGUCAGAUGUAUAUAUAAAUAGAUAACUGGUGUGAAUGUUGAUAAUGUAAAUAUUUCUUUUCAUGACAUGUACAAAAACAUCUAGAUGCGUUGUUGAGUGUGUAGGAUGAUAGACUUUUAAAACAAUAGCUAUUGUAGACCGCUAGAAUAUUGUAUGUAAAUUGUUUGGUUUUUGUAUUUAAUGUCGUGUUUGUCACUAAGAAUGAGGAGUGUCACAUUUUAUAUUCAGGUUUGUGUAGCAUCCCAUUUGUGUUUUUAUCAUGGCCAUCUCUGCUAAUGAACUGUCGGUCACUGAGAGCACCACAGGCCUGGGACUAGCUAGAGAAGGAAUUGUUAAAAACUGCCUUGUCAUAGAAUUACAUUUAAACCGGUUUCACGCCACUGGUGUUGGCAGGGUUAGGAUGAUUUUGACAUUCCAGCUCCAACAUUAACCAAGACUGUACGAUUUCAGAUGCAGUCAGUAAGGAUAUUCAUACUGACUAGCUGCUGUGAUGUUCACAUGUGUUACCAGUGACGUCAGGUUGUGACUAGUGAUCAGUGAUGGUGUUUGAUAGUUGGUGUUGUGUCGAUGUGUGAUGUAUGAUGUGCGAGCGUCUGUUACAUACCUACUUAAUCUUACUAUAGUAAUAAAGACAUUGUGACCUGUAUAGCACAUUUUUUGUUUGUUAUUGAUAAAGGAUUUCCACUUUCAUGAUGUAAACAUUUUAUAAUGUCUGACUGAGCAUCUUCUAAGUGAAGUACUAGAGAGGGUCAGGGCGGACUGAUUUGAUGUUGAUCAAGAAACUAACAAGCGACUGACUACACGUGGCUUCUCUGUGGUCUCGUGGACAGUUAAUGGCAAUACACUUAACGUGCGAUAUUAUCGCUAUACUGAUAUUUAUUGUUUUAAAGAAUAAAUGAAACUUAUUACGAUAUACCUUACUUCUACCUAUACACGCAUUUCUGUAUUUCAGCGUCAUUGUCAGUUGGAAAACUAAGUCACUUGAGAUGCCACUGAUUUUGUUGAUGUAAUAAAAGGAAUGAUCCGACAUUCUUUAAAACAAAGCUUUAGUACACCUAAGUGAUUCAUAUAGUUAAUGUUUUAUAUAUUAAAGUUCAACUUGUGAUUCUUUAUUCUCUUAAAUUUUUUCCUUAAAAUCGGUUGACAGUACUAUAAAUAAUAUAUUAUGAUAUACAUGUGAUACAGAAAACCCAUAUCGCAAUAUAAUAUUUUCAUAAUACUCAUUCCAAUUGAUAAUGAUUUAUGGGAGUAAUCAUGAUGUCAUCUAAAUAUCCUUUUGACUCUGUCUUGUGUAGGAUUCUGAAAAAGUUGAACAGUUUUGGUCAGUUUUUAUUAACCUAAUUUUAUUACAGUAAUAAAUAUAGAAUAUCAUAGAACUUGAAUUUGAUCAGUGCUUGCUCUUAUUCUUCAACACAAUAAAUGUGCAAUAAAUAUGAAGGUAUAAAGCCCCACCUCAAAGAGACGAAACGAGAUGGAUAGAAACAAGGACAUUUGCAUAAUUAUGAAGUUGUGUAUAUUUAUUUAUUCGGAAGUACUUGAUGAUUUGGUAAGUACUUAUGGCAGUGUGGCUGUGUAUAUGUAUAAAUUCUCACUUGUCUUGUACACUGAAUUCCUGUUCAAAUGUAAUGGAGCUUCGUAUCCUAUUUAGUAUAUUAGUCUGAUGCGUCAUAUAAACCAGAGCCAGCAACCAAUCCAUUAUUUUGUAGGCUAUUUUGUAUUGCCGGUGUAGUAUUACACAGGUUCUUGUAUCUUCACUACUGUAUUUUGUUCUAGGCAGUGAUUUGUUUUGUACUACAAUGUACCGUACAGCAUAUCUUGCUUUACUAAUAUUGUCUGUAUUCAUAUAGUUUCAGUUUGUAUUUGUUUUGUGUAGUAAUACAUUUUUACAAGAAAGUGUUUGAUAUCGGUGAUUAAAGUUUCACAUACUU